UCUUCUCUUUUGUGGUUGUGGUGGUGAUGGAUCGUUCAUGUGGUCCGUUCUCUAAGCAUGAUGCUAAUGGCAAGCUUCGCUUCGACAACGACAAAAAAGAUUUAUCAGAUCUAGUUCGCAACAAAGUUGAGUUUCGUCCGAAGUUUCAAAGGGAGCAGGAAGAGUAUGAAUAUGAGAGUUGGGGCUCACCGCCGACUUCGUACAAGGAGGAGGAGCGCCGCCUUGCAACGACGACUCCUUCUCGACUUCAUCAGACUAGAUCUGAUGAUGCUCUAGAUCCGUGGCUUAAAGCGCGUGACGACGGGUUCUCUAUCUUGAACGACAACCCUAGAUCUGAAUCUAGAUUGAACUACAUCAACUCCUCAAAAAACAAUGCCCAUGGUGACCAGUGCAAGGAUGGCAGCUCCGGUCGUGGGAUUGUUCCCCGUCCUCCGCCGGCAAAAGGCUGGUCUACGAGCGGCGUCCCCUCGGAGCGGAGCGGCGCCGGCUCCGAGGUGGGUGCUGAGGAGAGCGACGGCGGCGCCUGGGAUGGCGUCGCCCCGGGGACGAGCGGUGCCGGCGACGAGGUUGGCGCUGUUCCGGAGGCGAACAUCCUCAGCGUCCCCGUCGAUGCGUGGACAUGCCACCAGGACCACUCCUGUUAUGGAAGACAAAGGAGUAAAAUACUGGAAGCUGGCUGACUAUUGUAAUUACAAUAUAAGCAUAAUGCGUCAAGAAUUCGAUGAAGAAAAUAGAACGAAGAACAAAGACAUGUGGUUCAUGUUCACUGAAGACGAACAUAAAGUAGUUGAAGAUCAUGUAACUACAAGAUCCCGACGUCUGCGGAGAAAUCAUAACUGGGUGUAAUGAUUUACUGAUCCCAGUCUCCUGCUCGUUCAACUGGUUGAUGGUGAAUGGACUAGCCGAGACAUUGUAACAUGUGCAAGGUAGAGGCCAUAAGCAGAUGGCAGUUUUUUCCUAAAGGAAAGUUAUACAGUUAUAGAACAGUCAACAAUUAUCGAAGAUUGAGUCACAACAUUUGAAUUCAAACCUUGUGACAUGUUUUCUUCUCCAUAUGGAAACUCAGCAAGACUUCGUAGCACCUUCUGAAGUUUGUUCCCUGGAUGUUUUGAAAUUGAGGGAAAUCUAUCAUUAUCAUUUGUAUGGCGUACAGUCAAAUUUACCUGUUUGUGUUGUAUUUAUAUAAUUAUUAAUCGUUCUAUAGCAGCAAAGGAUUAU